GCGGCGUUUCCAUGUUGUUUGGCGAGGAAAUAUAGAAAAUAAGCAGCGUCUGUGUUUACGCACUGUUGUUCAUGUGAUUGUAGGGUAUUACAAUGAUCGUUGUAAACAAUAUGGUCAAGGAUUUCUGAACUUGGGAAUUCUCAGAAUAAUCAUAUUUUCUAAUGCUUCUAUUAUUCAAAACAAACAGAAACACCAUUGAUACGCGCGUCGUACCGAAUAGCAGCAUCACGGUUACUGCUGCUGUACAGCGUGUACAGAUGCUGGGAGUAGCUUGAUUGCUUAGUACCGCGGAUAGUAGUCGUUUUUAGGUUGGAAAACACUGAAAGCGAAUGAGGUAGAGACCUAGCUUAAAGAUGGCUGCAGCAUUAAGUGAGGAUAGUCUGGUGAAGAAGCUUAUGGGUGUGUUAAAUACACAGGACAGUGUACAGACAAUGUCUUUGUGGAUUCUUCACCAUAAGGCCAACCAUGAACAGAUUGUUGAAAUAUGGCUUAAAGUACUGAAGAAAGCCAAGAUUCCACACCGUCUGACUAUGUACUAUGUAGCCAACGAUGUCGUUCAGAACUGCAAGAAAAAGCAUGCAGUGAUGUUCCUUUCAGCUUUCCAGUCCGUUCUCCGAGAUGCGACCGUGUUUGUAAGAGAUUCGUCAAUAAAGGUAAAGAUAGAGAGAAUUUUGAAAAUAUGGGAGGAGAGAGGAGUCUUUGAGUCAGACUUUGUAGAAGAACUAAGAGCUAUUCUGUCAAAAACAAAGAGCCUACCAGCUGUUGAUGCAAAAAUACUCGCAGACUUCAAGCCGACCCAGCUUAUAGAGAGCAUCGUCAACUAUAAGCGUCUUGAAUCCGAAGCCGAACUGAGACAGAAACAAGUGGCAAGCCUUCGUGUAGAUGCAACAAAUGCCGAGAUUCUAAAACAGCUGAAAGAUCGCAGCGGCGGCAAGUUGUUCGUACAAGAGUUUGAGGAUUCUGGAAAGAAACUGGAGUCAUUUGUUGAGGCGCUGACAAAUGAGAUUGCUCAGGAGUCUGCCAUGCUGGAACAGUUAGAGCAGAGUCAAAUCUUCUACGAUACACAGUACAGCGAGGCUAAGAUUGUGGCCAAUUAUAUUCUAGCUGCUGGUCCAGUGAGGCAAGCUGCAGCUGCCAGAUACAUACCACGGCCAGUCCCUCCUCCAGUCGUUGUCAAGGUGGAUGAAGGAUACAGUAAAAAGAAAGAUGACAUAUUCAGCAUAUCACCUGUUCCGUCUCCUCCAUCGCCAGAUGGCAGUCCAGACGGGCUAAGUCUGUCACCACGUCACAAGUCUGUUGCUGAGCUCACCAAAGAACUUACAUCUGGUACAAACAAAGGCAGCCUCUCUUUGGAGUCUAAGCUGCAGUCAUUUCUGAACAACAGUAUUGCAGGUAGCACUAACCAGACAACGAUUGUAGAUGCUAAUGCUGAUCUGCCCCAAGGGCCUAAGCCAACGAGCCAAUACGUAGAGAAGACAUCAUCACCUUCCCCUUCGGCAGAAGACCAACCAGACUGGCUCACUGAGAUGGCGCUAGCGGAGAUGGAUUGGUCAGGAGAUCCGGACAAGGCUGGCAGCACUCCGGUAUCGAAUCUGUCUAAUCAGCUUUAUAAAGUUCGCGAUGAGCCAGAAGUUGUGGAAGAGAAAACGGAAACCGCGAAGAACCCGAUCGACUUUCUCACGCGCAUCGUAAACACGGCGAAGACGAAACCCGUCGGCAUGACGACCAGCUUCCUCGACAAUCUACAGAUGCUAACGAGCGCGUCGAAGCGUGAGCAGCAGCAGCAGCAGCACGCCGGCGAUGCGAUGAGUCCCGCGACCGUCGCCGCGAACGGCAAGGCUCCCCCGCUCGUCGGCAAGAUGCCGUCGCCUCCGAAAGUGCCGCCGCCAUCUCUCCCGCCUGCGAAUCACCCCGUCUCUCCCGCCCCCGCCCCCGCCGCCAGGACGGGUUCCCCCGACCGCGCGCAGCCGCUCGACGUGUACUCGCUCUCACAGCCUCCGCCACCGCCGCCGAGCAACACCACUCACGGCGACGCGGGUUUUGCGGCGGAGCGGGGGGUGGCGCCGGCGAACGCGUUUGGCUCGUUCAUGGCGUCGUUCGCUGCGGCGGCGACAGCGCCGCCCGCCUCCGCGGCGUACUCCACGUCGCAGUUUCCGACGUCGGCGGGGGCGGAGGCGGUGCACGCGGGAACUGAGCAGGGCAGCGCACCGAUGCUGCGGCCCACGUACAGUGAGCAGGGCAGCGCACCGAUGCUGCGGCCCACGUACAGUGAGCAGGGUGGCGGCCCGCCACACCUUAGUAACAUAGCUGCGAACAGCAGCGGCGGCCCACCUGCUCCACAGGAGCCGGCACUGUCCAGUCCCCCACCUCACUACCGACAGAUCGGUCGCUAUGACGACGGAGGCUAUGCGGACAGAUACCCAUCCGAUAACCGAAAUCGGUACAACCACCGGCCAGCCGCCGACCGCUAUGACCAGUACAGAGACUACUCGGCACAUGCGAGGGAACCGCAGUGGCAGCAGAGUUACAGGAGCGAGCAUCCGUACCAGCGCAACGAUCCUUACCGACCUCCGCCACCCAAACGCUAUCCGCCCCCGCCGCCGAGCCAUCCACAUCAGGCAUUCUACUGA